AUGUCGUCCACUAUCGCUUCGUUCGCCAACUUCCUCAAACAAUCCAAGGCGCACGCUGUGGACAACCGCGAAGUCUUAAUCGCUGGCGUGUUGUACAAGAAGCCUGACCGUAACUCACUGCUUUGGAAAAAACGCUACUGUGUUAUUUACGCGGGGGAGUUGCAAAUUGUCUACUUUUUGUCACUCGACGAUUUUGAAAAGCGCGCUAUUCGAGGCAAAAUUCCCUUUAGUUCAGUGCAUCCAUGGGACGGUAAACCUAAUGGUUUUCAGUUUUACACACCAGCAGAUAAUUGCUUCCGUGUGUACACGGACUCAGCUGAGGAACAGCAAAAGUGGCUCGAUGUCAUGCAACAAUGUCUAGAUAAUGCUCCUGACAAAAAAGACGGAGAAAAGGUUGAAUAUACACGUCCAGUAGCGUCGUCUCCAUUAUCGUCUCCCAAAGCUGCCAGUUUUCGGCCAAAACGUAGCGAUUCGUGGCGUGAAGAAGAUCCGGACGUCUUAGCCAUGGCCGUUGAAUUAGAAGAUCUUCGUAGCGAAGUCACGACGCUUAAAGCCGAAUUGGCGUCGUACGAACAGGCCGAAAAGCGUUACGGAACUGAAAUUUCCGUAGCGAAGACGCGUCGUGGCUCCGUCCUAGACGAUGGAACAGAGCUUAACAUGGAACCUCGUGAGAUGGAGCGAAUGCGUGCGAUAUUUAACCUUUUUGAUGUACAAGGCAACGGGUUUAUUAGUGAAGAUGACCUUUUGGACUUGCACGCUAAGCUAGGCGAGCCUAUUUCGAAUGAAGACGCUCGAGAAGCCAUAUCAUUUAUGCACAGCAAAUCUGCCACGGGUCAGAUCGACUUUAACUCGUUCAUGAAGUGGUGGAAUGAUGAUCACGCGGCCGACAAUCAGACGGAAGCCAUGCGUCGAUACCAAGCCAAAUUUAAAUUCCUUAAAGCUCGAAUUGCUAAUCCCGAAGUCGGCAAUAUUGAGACGGAAGCAGUUGGUGCGUUUCCAAGCUUUGAGUUCCGCGUCAACUUUUACCACACGGGACCAAAUGGCGUACGACAACAAAUUUCGCCCUGGCAUGACAUUCCGCUAUACAAUCCAGAUGGAACUGUCAACUUUAUUUGUGAAAUCCCCAAGUGGACACGCAAGAAAAUGGAAAUCGCCACAGGUGAACCAUUUAACCCCAUAAAACAAGACACAAAGAAUGGCAAACUGCGUGAAUAUGGUUGGGGCGAAAUGAUGUUUAAUUAUGGCGCCAUGCCACAAACAUGGGAAGAUCCAUCGCAUGUGACGGAAGGAACGGGUUGUGUGGGUGAUAAUGACCCGAUUGAUGUCGUCGAGAUUGGUACGAAACAGUGGCGUACAGGUUCCAUCGUACAGGUCAAAAUUUUGGGCGUCCUCGCUCUGAUUGAUGACAAUGAGACAGAUUGGAAGGUCAUUUGCAUCAAUGUGGAGGACCACUAUGCGCCACUUAUUCACGAUGUGGCAGACAUCGAAGCUCACAUGCCUGGAUGCAUCACAGCUAUCCACGACUGGCUUCGUGACUACAAAUUGCCACAAGUGAACAAAUAUGGCUACAAUGACAAGUGUAUGGGUCGUGACUUUGCCGAGGCAACUGUGGCCGAGACUCACGAAUUCUGGAAAUUGCUAAUUGAACAGCGUGGUGGCCAAGCCACAGUCUAA